CCAUCUGAGGGGCUCGCUCAACUUCCUCUGUGCGCGUGGAUGUCAACCGCGGGAAACUCGGUAACGAAAAGAGAUCACUACUCCCCAGUCUGUCCUGUGAAAUGUUCCGUUAACCUCCGGGUGGAUGAGCACUGAGAUGAACGGUCCGCGGAGAGUCAAACUGUUUCUUCUUUCGUGGUAUUCAGUCCUCCAGCUGCUGGCAGCACAAGAAGCUCAGAGCCAACUGACAGAGACAGACGGAAGACUACAGAGGAGGGCUAAUGCACUGCGGAGGAAACGGGAUCUCCUAGGGGAGGAGACAUUCAGUCCUCUUCUCUCUGAAGCAGCUCUCCCUCGCAGUGUUCUACAUAAUUACACGGCCCGCGAUGCCUCCUCAGAGUACUGUGGCUGUCUGAAUGGGGGCUGGUGUCAGGAGGGGGGCGUGUGUGACUGUGCACAGUUCCAGGCCCUCGGAGACCGCUGCCAGAUCAUUCCUAACCAGGGCCAGGACAGAGAUGGGAUAUGCAGGUCUUGGGGUCAGCACCACUAUGAGACGUUCGAUGGCAGCUACUUCUACUACCCUGGAACCUGCUCCUACAUACUGGCCCAGGACUGCCGCUCAGCCACACCACAGUACACAGUGUGGGUCCAUAACAGCCGUGUGUGUGAGGGCAGUGUGUACUCCUGUCCCAGGGCUCUCAGUCUCUUCUUCCCCAACGAGGAGGAGAUCCACAUCUCUGGAUACCAAGUCCACCAGGGGGGUCGCAGGCUGAUCCUACCCCAGACAAUAGGAGGUGUGUUUAUAGAGCGUCUGGCUGACUACCUGCUGGUGAAGAGCGUGUUUGGCUUCUCUCUGGCGUGGGACGGUGGGAGCGGAGUAUAUCUGAAGAUGUCUGAACAGCACCAUGGCACCCCCUGUGGCCUUUGUGGGAACUACAACAACCUGCCCAACGAUGACCUCACCACAGCCCGCGGUGUGCAGACAGAGGAGCCAGCAGUGUUUGCUAACAGCUGGUCAGUCGAUCUACCCCAUGAAAGAGGCUGCCCUCUAGUGGACAUAGACUUCACUGGACCCUGCCACUCUGAGUCUGACAUGGACGAUGCCAUAGAGAAGUGCAGUGCUCUCCUGUUCUUCCCCUUCCUGUCCUGUCAUGAGAACAUCGACCCAAACCCCUACGUGGCCAGCUGUGUCUCCGACCUCUGCGUGUCAGAUGAGGAGGAGACGUUUUGCCGUGCGCUGGUGGAGUACACACGAGCCUGCAGCCAUGUAGGAUACCCUGUACGAGAGUGGAGAGACAGCUUCCCUUCCUGCAAUGAUGGCUGUGAGGAGAGUUUUGUCCAUAGAGACUGUAUCAGCUGCUGCCCUCCAACCUGUACCUUUGAUAAGGAGUGUCUAGGAACUAACCUGCACUGUCUGGAUGGAUGCUACUGCCCUGAUGGGUUGAUUCUGCAGAAUGGGACGUGUAUCGCUGUGUCUCAGUGUCCUUGUGUCUACCACGGCACCUCAUACACACAGGGACACACUCUGGAGCAGGGCUGCAGUGUCUGUGUGUGUAUGGGGGAGUGUGGAACUGCACGGACAACAACUGUACAGUGUUCAGUAGUAGGUGACGUGUUUGUGACAUCGUUCGAUGGGAGGAUGUUCCUGCAGCCAGGAGCGUGUCAGUACGUCUUGGCCAAGAGCCGCAGCGGCAGCAGAUUCACUGUUACACUGCAGUAUACCACCUGCACAAAGGCCCAGCAGCAGGUGUGUAUCCAGUCAGUGACGGUGGUUCUGGAUGAAGAUGUUAAUCACCAGGUGACUCUGACCCGAGAGGGGGAAGUGCUUAUUGGGGUCAACCCCGCCCCCGCUUUGCCCUACACCGGUGAUGUAGUUGAGGUACGGAGGUUAACGUCAGUGUUCGUCCAGCUGAGGACGUUGCUUGGACUGCGUCUGCAAUAUGACGGGCGUGGUGGACGUGUCUAUCUACAGCUGGACAGCCAAUGGCGCAGCAACACCCUGGGCCUUUGUGGAACCUUCAACGGAAACCUGCGGGAUGACUUCCUGUCUCCAGCAGGGAUGAUAGAGGGGACCCCCCAGCUCCAUGCUAACUCCUGGAGAGUCUCAUCUGCUUGCUCCGCCCCCGUCAACCAGCCCAUCAUUGACCCCUGUGAGAUAAAUCAGCACAACGUGUUCUACGCCUCUCUGUGUGAGGUGUUGUUGGGCAGUGUGUUCUCUCCAUGCCAUGGUUACGUCAGUUCCAGUGUGUACCAGCAGCAGUGUCGCUACCAGGCCUGUCGCUGUGGUAACGCCUGUCUGUGUACGGCUCUGGCCCACUAUGCCUAUCUCUGCUCCAAACACAAUGUUACUGUCAACUACAGGGCCCACGUCUCAGAGUGUGGGAUGGUGUGUUUGGGUGGGAUGCUGUACCAGUCCUGUGUGUCAUCCUGCGGCGGAUCAUGCCGCUCCCUCUCCAGUGGAGAGACCUGUAACCAUGACGACUGUGCUGAGGGGUGUGGCUGCUCUGAGGGCAGUUACUACGACGACGUACGACAACGCUGCGUUCAGCCGUCGCAGUGUCAUUGUUACUCUAUUGGAGGGGUGUCCCAGCCAGGGGAGGUGUCCUUCAGCGCCACAGGCCCUUGCCUGUGCAGGAAUGGAAGGAUGGAGUGUGUACCAGAAGAAAGAGAGCCGGAGCGAGGCCAGUGUCCAGAGGGAAAGGUGUUCCACAGCUGCUCUGAGCCCCAGAGGUUACAUGGGUUCCAGGGGUUGCCGGCCUGGCGAGGAGGUGUGGCCUGUGAGCUCACCUGUCGGAACCUGAUGUUGAAUCUGACCUGUCCUCCCACCACACCCUGCAUACCUGGCUGUGUCUGCCCACAAGGGCUGGUGCUGCACCGUGGGGAAUGUUACUACCCAGAGAACUGUCCCUGUGCCUGGCUGGGCCUGGAGUAUCUGCCAGGAGAGACUGUCGACACCCCCUGUUACAGAUGUGUGUGUCACCGGGGGUAUUUUAACUGUAGUCACAGUCCGUGUCCGGCUGUGUGUACGGUCUACAGUGACAGACACUACCACACCUUCGACGGCCUGGAGUACGACUACCACUCAGAAUGUCAGGUCUACCUACUCAAGAGUAUAGAUGGUGAGGUGUCCAUCGUGGCCCAGAAUAAGGAUUGUUAUCAGAGUGGGAUCAUCUGUAUGAAGAUGCUGGUCAUCCAUGUUGGAUUCACCAAGAUCUACUUCAACGACAACUCAGGCCAGCCUAGUCCAUCCAGUGUGGUAGGUAAGGGGUCCGAAUUUGAGCUGUGGUCAGCAGGCUACUACACAGCAAUCCACUUUCCCUACCAGGACCUAACCAUUCUCUGGGACCGCAAGACGACCGUACACAUCAGAGUUGGACCACAUUGGAAGGGUCUCCUGAGUGGUCUGUGUGGGAACUUUGACAGUGUGACAGUGAAUGACAUGACCACAUCCAGCCACAUGGAGGUCAGCAAUGCUCAGGGCUUCGGAGACAGCUGGGCCCUGGGACAGUGUGAGAGUGACUAUGUGGUGAAGAGAGCGUGUGAAGGAGACCUGGGUAGACAGCCGUACGCCAAGAGAGAGUGUGCUCUACUCUACAGUGAUGUCUUUACUCCCUGUCACAAUGUGGUGGAUGUCUCAUGGUUCUAUAUGAACUGCUUGACAGACACUUGUAACUGUAAUCGGGGCGGAGACUGUGAGUGUCUGUGUACGUCCAUCGCUGCCUAUGCACACACCUGCUGUCAACACGGUGUUACUGUGGUAUGGAGAAACCCCUCUGUCUGUCCCUAUGACUGUGAAUACUACAACCAAGAGUUAGGUGAAGGUCCAUUCUCAGUAGCCAGUGCUGUGUUUAAUGCUACAGUCUUCGGUGUGAACAGAACCAGUGGGUCAGUCUUUCCUCUAGUUAGGGAGUUCGUAGGUGGGCUGCCUCCCCCUGGACUACUCUUUAACUUCAUGAUCACAGCAGGACUACAGAAGGACCGCACAUCACGUCUCCCGGUGAUCUCUCUGGAGUCAGCGGAGCGUCCUAACUACUUCCUGGUUGUUUCGGACCGCGCUGGGCUGCGGUUGGAGCAGUGGACAAGAGGGGAGAAGUUUAGCCGCAGGGCUUCCUUCCUACAGCACCAGGGGCUGUUCCUACCUGGCCACACCUCCUUAGAGCUGAUUGGUCAGCCGGGAGUGUUCCUGACUCUGACACGCACGUCUGCACGUGCUCAGAGAUACGACAACUCAGACAACUUCAAGACCAGCAGCUCCUUUACCCUGGAGGAGAGCAGUUUUGUGAUCCCAUUCCGUAUGAUGUGUGAGUGGCGCUACCAUGCAUGUGCCAGUCCUUGUGUUCGUACAUGCAGCGACCUCGCCGCAACACGCUGCCACUUCCUGCCCCCGGUAGAGGGCUGUUUCCCUCGCUGCCCCAAAAACAUGGUUCUUGAUGAGGUCACCAGGAGAUGUGUCUACACAGAGGACUGUGUGUCCCUUCCUCCCACUCCUACACCCUAUGCCUUCGUAAACCAAACAACCACCACCCCAACUACUACCACAACAGCCCCCACUACUACCACUACAGCCCCCACUACUACCACUACAGCUACUACUACUAUCACUACAGCCCUCACUACCACUACAGCCCCCACUACUACUACUACUGUUAGGCCUACUAGUACUGCUACUACUACAUCUAGAACCACUACUAGGACCACUACUACUAGUAGCAGAACUACAACCAGUGCUGCCUCUACAACUGUUACUGCCACUAGAGCCCCCACUACUCCCAGUACAGCCCCAUUGACUGAGCGUUUCACCCACACACUCACCCCUGCUCGCUCCCCCUCUCCUCCUCUCCCUUCCCUGCCCUCACCCUCCACCCCCACUGUGACCGAGCACACCACUUCACCUGCAGUCUUUCCCUCUGUCUCCCCCUCUUCCUCACCCACCACUACUAGUAGCACCACUGGGGUCACGACCCUGACCCCUUCAGAGGUCACUACAGUAGCCUCCCCUACUCCCCCCAGCCUGGCAGUGACUGACUCCACCACUCCACCUCCUCCCCCUUCUGCUACCCCUCCCCAGCCUUCCACCCAGUCUUCUAUCUCUCCCCCAGCCACUACCUCCUUCCUCACCUCCUCUCCCCCUCCUCCUCUCUCCCCCUCCAUCCACACCCACACCCCAACCACCACACAAACACAUCAUCCUGUUCCUACGCCCACAGAGACCAUCUCUGUAUUUCCAGUUGUAUAUGACACCUCCUCUGUUACCAUGUCGACAUCACCCCCAGAGACGACAGAGUUCAUAACCACGGAAACAUCCACCAGCACAGACUUCUCUCCUACACCUGAGGCAGUCAGCAUGCCAACAGUGCUGCCCCCCUUCCUCCUGCCCACCGCCCCAUGCACACCCCCGUACUCCUACCGUGUAGAUGAGUGUACAGAGCUGAUCUGUUUUAAUGGGGAGCUGCUCCUCCAUAACUCCUCCCUCCACUGUCGGUACAACACCACUCCUCCUCGCUGCUCUCUGCUGGGCAUGGCUGUCCUCACCAACACCGACCCCUGCUGCCCACUCUGGCAGUGCCCCUGUCGCUGCUCGGUGAUGUCAGACCUGCGUGUGAUAACGUUUGACGGUAACAACGUGGCGCUGUAUGAUAAUGGCUCCUACAUCCUGGUCUACCUGCCCAGAGAGAACAUCAUAGGAACAGUGGAUAAAUGCCCUACCAGCCAGAGCGUCAACUCCAUCAGACGACCGAGCCCUAGUGGUGGGACGUCAGGUUUGUGUUUUAAGAAGUUGAACAUCACCACUCCGUCCUACAGGAUUAUCAUCAACCGCCUAGACCGCAAGGUGUCAGUGAACCACAUCAAGGCGCGGCUGCCUUUCUCCCGCCAGGCUCUGUCAGUAGAGGACACAGGCAGUAUGUACCUGAUCACCACUCCUGAAGGAGUCAACAUACAGUGGUACCACAGCACUGGCAUCAUGGUGCUGCAAUACACCGCCCCCUCCAACACAUCUGCUCCUACUAGAGGCCUCUGUGGGUGUUGUGACGGGAACCCGGCGGAUGACCUGAAGCUGCCUAACGGUACGGUGGUGAGGGAGCUGGCAGACCUGGGUCUGUUCCUGCAGGCCUGGAGGGUCCACACCUCAGAGGACACGGAACACACACGACGCAUCGGAGACAACUGUACCACUGGAGACUGCUCUACCUGUCUCUCCAUGCUCAGACAGAGACCCUUCACUCCCUGCCACAGCAAGGUGUCUCCAGAACAGUUCUGUGAUGUGAUGUGGGCAGGCGACCUCCACUAUAAGGCCCACCAGUGUGACUUCCUGGCAGCCUACGUAGCUGUCUGCUACACUUACCAAGUCUGCAUCAACUGGAGACGACACAACUUCUGCCCAUUGAGGUGUCCCCCAGGUAGGGAGUACCAGGCGUGUGUGUCGACCUGUACCACCCGGACCUGUCAGAACAGAGAGUUCUAUGAGGAGACCACCUGCUCCCACAUCCGAGAGGAGUGUGUGUGUCGCUCUGGAACCAUCCUGCACCGAGCAGACUCCUCUUACUGCGUCACAGAGGAGCAGUGUGUGUGUACUGAUAACGAGGGGUCUCCACGGGCCCCUGGGGAGGUGUGGAACGGGUCAUUGCGUAGCUGCUGUCUGUUCCGCUGCCUGGAGAACGGUUCUGUGGUAGCAGUAGAACCUGACUGUAGCAUUAGUCCCACUCUGCUGUGUGAGAGGGAGGGAGAGUACGUACUGGAUGUCCUGGAGGAGGGGGCUUGCUGCCCCAAGCAGAUUUGUGAAUGUAAUCUGACCAUCUGUGAGAGUGAGGCUCCGCCCUAUGAGAAUGGGAACCAGCUGGUGAUUGGUUACAGUGCCCUGUCCUGCUGCCCAGAGUACCGUUGUGAGUGCGACCCCCAUGCCUGUCCCCCCCUCACCGCCCCUGAUUGUAGAGAAGAUCAGUUCCUAGUGGAGGUUCGUGAGGACAACUCCUGCUGUUACACCUUCCUGUGUGUGUGUGAGUCGUGUAUCGAGCCUGUGCCGUCCUGUUCUUAUGGAGAGAUACUGGCUGUGGAUCUGAACACCACCCACAGCUGCUGCCCUCAAUACCACUGUGUGUGUGACGUGAACCUGUGUCCUGAGUCGACUCUGAGCUGUUCUCCUGGUCUGUCUCUGAUCCAAACAACCCUACCUGGACACUGCUGCCCCGACCGUCACUGUGGUACACACACACACACACAAUUUUGCACUCCCAAGAGUUGCGCACACACACACACACACACCAACAUUCCCAGAACUGUUUCUUUGAAAAAAUCUUGUAGUCCAAACAGAGAACACUGUUCUAGGCCUCCAGUUCCCAGUCUGUCAGGUGGUGAGUCAGUCAGCUUGUGUGUGUGUGUGUGUGUGUGUGUGUGUGUGUGUGUGUGUGUGUGUGUGUGUGUGGUCAUAGUAACGUCUCUGGUCUCUCAGGGGGAGGUACAGGUGGAGGUCGCAGACAGCAGAAGCACCUGUGGCUGCCCCCUCUACACCUGCAAGAAGGCGGAGGUGUGUGUGUUCCAGGGAGUCACGGUGCUGGGUCCGGGGCAGAGCCUGAUUCAGUACUAUGAAGGAGAGCUGUGUUACACCGUACACUGUCUGACACAUCGUGAUACACACACCGGAUACUAUGCCAUGGACGUGUCCGCUGUCAACUGCUCUCAGAAGUGUGGCCAGCACCAGCUGUACGUAGCAUCAUCAGAUCCUCAGGUGUGCUGUGGCUCCUGUAAGAAUGUCUCCUGUUCUUUCAACAAUGACAACGGAACCACUGAGCUCUUCACUGCAGGGAGCUCCUGGGUGGAUAACUGUACACGGUAUGAUUGUGUGGAGACGACAGUGGGAACUGUGAUGCUGGCCUCAGGGGUGGUCUGCCCCCCCUUCAACGACACAGAGUGCACUCAGAAUGGGGGCGUGGUCCAGAGCUAUGUGGACGGCUGCUGCAGGACGUGUAAGGAGGACGGCAAGACGUGUAAGCGUGUGGCAAUCCGAACCACCAUCAGAAAAGACGACUGCAGGAGCAACGCACCGGUGACAGUGUUUUCAUGUGAUGGGAAGUGUCCGUCUGCCACCAUCUUUAACUUCAACAUCAACAGCCACGCCCGCUUCUGUAAGUGCUGCAGAGAGAGUGGACUACAAACCCGCUCCGUCACCCUGUACUGCUCACACAACGCUACCCUGGUGGUCUACAGCUUCCAGGAGCCUGUCGACUGUUCCUGCCAAUGGAACUAAAGAGAGAGCGAAGCUAGUCAGUGUGAGCUUCAGUAUGGCGUUCAAUAGGAGGGAUGGAAGAUGGAACCGAGGUCAGAGGUCAGAGUAGACAGGUCAAGCGUCCAGGUAGUCGAGUUCUUUAGUCUUCCUUCAGUGUGUUGUGGAGGGCUGUAUGCUGACCUGUUAUAGUGACCCUGUCGUUACAGAUAUGUAGUGGUCAGAUGUGCAGGGCUGUAACCUGUUCCUGCUGUACUAUGAUAACACUAGUCCUAUCUGUACUGCUGUAGCCUGCUCCUCCUUGUGUGUAACACUAGCUAGUCCUCUUGGACUUUAUCAUGUUUAGAUCAGUUGGUCUGAGCUGACAAGACCGCUGCUGCUUUAGUAUGGAUCUAGUGCUCUCUUGAUGACUGACAUGUUUUAUAUGCCAAUCAAAUUUCUCUUACAAAAUAGUAUUUUUUUUUUUACAAGUGUAAAGCUUUUAUCCAAAAAUAUUUGUAUUUAACUCAAUCAAUUAUUUAGUAAGGUGAUAAUCCACCUGAGCAUCUGAUGGUAGAUGAUCUGUAUUUCAACAGAACGCUGUAUUUGUUGUGUUGUUUAAUGUGAAGCAUUGUGCCAGUAAUCAGUAUGUGCUGAUGCCAUCAGCUAGACUAGAGUCUCUAGUCAUACAGAACCUCUCAGAAUAAAACAAUAAAACAUUUA